AUGCGCUGCCUUCUCACCGCCGUCGCGGCGUUCCUGCCCGCGAUUGGCGCACAUGUGCUCGCGGCCACUUCGUCGGCUCUCUCGGUCCCGCCUCGCCCAGUGUCGUUCAGCAAUUCGAACGGCAUCCCCAUGCCGCCCCAAGGUAUCUACCCGUUCAGUGUCAACACCCCACUCGUCCAAAUGACGCCGACCGGCCUCGGCCCGCCGUCGCAAGUAUGGAACAUGACGUACACGAACAUAUCCUCCUCGGACUUUGUCCCCGGUAUGAUCGGUCUCGGUCAAGCGCAGUACACGACCACGCUGGGAAGCACCACGGGAAUGGGCACCGCAAGUUUGUCAUUCCAGUUUGUCGGGACUGCUGUGUCCUUCCUUGGAUCCGCCGGCUUCUUUGACGUCAUCGACUGGCGGGUGGACGGUGUGACCGCCCUGCCUGACGGUAGCAACGGCAUAAACCCAGACAUGGGCUUUGGAUGGUCAGCCGAGGUGGCGUGGGCGCGCAACCUGGAAUGGGGGCUACAUAACUGCACACUCGCUGUUACGACUACGUAUCAGGAGGUUAUGCUGCGGGAAGUCAUCAUCGUGACCGGCAUUCAGGGCGACAAAAAGCGAAUUCAGAUCAACGCCGUUGAAGAUACGAAUACCCCGAGUGCUAGUUUCAAUAAGACGGGGAAUUGGUAUGUCUUCACACCCCCCGAGGGGGACACUCGCUACACUGUCCUCCGAACGAACGAAACCGGGUCCCUGCGCUACAAGGUACCCAAAAACACAAGCUACAUCGAGGUUUGGGGGUCCACGGGGUGGAAUUAUUCCAACUACUCCGUCACGCUUACGCCGCCGCCACCUUUCAACCCGCCGGUAUUCAACUAUUCGGCCAGUACCCCCUACUAUGUGUCCGCGUAUACCCUUUCAUGGGCCAUUCUGGACCCCAGUGUGAACUAUACGCUGGAGUACAAGACGUAUGGUGGCCCUGCCGAGGUGUGGCAGGUGCAGUACUACCUUGCUGAGGAGACGCCUGUCAAGAGUACGACCACCAACUCAAACUCAAAGGCGGGUGGUAGCGGCAUGUCCGUUGGUGCUAUCGCCGGCGCAGUCGUUGGUGCACUCCUAGGCCCAGGCGCGAAGUUUUUCAAGUGGACAGCGGAAGUGACACCCGCCCGGACCCCUUCUACAGCAAUCCAGGGAUACGGCGACGGCCAGCUGGGACUCAACCCCGCCGGCAACGCGACGAGCCCGACCUCGCCCAUCCGCUCACAGCACACCGAGGACACAAGCAGCUCUGGCGGUCCGAGCUGGAACUCGAGUUCCAACACGGGGCCCACGAUGCACGUCACGAACGAAACCCUCGCACCGGCGACAUUUAAGACCUUGGCCACCACGCCUAGCCCACAGGCAGAUCGACCCCACCCGCGAAUCUCCGCCACCGCUCCCCACCCCGUCACGGUGCAGGAGCGCGAUGCUGGGGCCCAGGUCAUUCACAUCGUCCAGUAUGUGCCGCCCGCCUACGACAACAGUCUGCGCCCUGCGAACAUCGCCACAGCGACGGUCGAUGCCAGGAGCACUGGGGCGAGCACAUCGCACGGAAUGAUCGCCGACGAUCCCACCAAACCUGGCGGUGUGCGCCCCCUCCCCAACACGCCAAGCUAG